AUGUCCACCGGCUGCUGCAACGAGGAGCAGCAGUACUUCCUGGUCACCAUAUUUGCGUACUCUGGCGCCGUCCUCCUGCUCUGGCGCGCCCUCGUCUUCAAGCCGUUCAAGCUCUUUGCGGUUGCUCUGCACGAGUUUUGCCACGCGGCGGCGGCCGCCGCGCUCUGCAAUCGCGUG